AUAAGCGUUGCAAUUUAUUGGCAUCGCUUUAGACAAAUUGAAACGCCCCCCUUAGCAGAUGGACGCUGUAUUAUAAUAAAAAUCUUAAUUAAAUUUGCUAAAGUCGCAACCGUCUGGGCCAAUUAAUUUUGUGUUGAAUCAAGAUAAGUACCGGCAUUGUAAAGGAUUACGUCCUUUAGUUGAUUUUACAAUUUUGGCAAUGAAACUAGUCGCUUGUGACCAACCUUUGAUUUAGCAACCGCGCAAUUAAUUACCUCGAUUAGUGCUUAAAUUAAUCACGAAUAUCAGAGAAAAUUUAUUAUAAGAAACUCGACUUUUGGCGCGAGAAGAGCUUGUGAAAAGUAAGUGACUUGAACCUACUAAUUUACUUACAAAUCGCAGAUUUAAAGAAAAUGGCAACGAUCAGUGAAAAAUUAAGCGAGUCUCCUACGAUUAAAAGUGACAUAAUUGUGACAAAACCAAUUACAAGUUCCGAACUCGAUUUACCGAGUUCCGAAGAGGAAGACAAGAUGGAACGUGGCAGCUGGUCGAAUAAACUAGAUUUCCUUUUCUCCUGCAUUAGCUUAUCCGUGGGAUUAGGAAACGUCUGGCGAUUUCCGUAUUUGUGCUACAAAAACGGUGGAGGGGCGUUCCUCGUCACUUAUCUCAUUGCGAUGAUAUUCUGCGGUAUACCGAUAUUCUUUCAAGAGGUAUCCAUAGGGCAGUACCUCGGCUCUGGAGGCAUGACAUUCGUCGGACAGCUAUGCCCGUUACUUAAAGGUGUCGGUUACUCGACGAUGACGAUCGUUUUCCUUCUGGACGUUUAUUACUGCAUAAUAAUAGCGUGGACGCUUUUGUAUUUUAUAAGCACGUUUCUGAAGCUUCCCGAUUUACCAUGGUCCACGUGUGUUACAGAAGACUGUUACAAUAUAAGCCGAGGUGCUCAUCAGGCUGUAAAUGGAUCGGAAUUACUGCGGUCUCCUGUUGAAGAAUUUUUUGAAAAAGAAAUAUUGCAUAUCUCGACCGGUAUCGAAGACAUCGGCGGGAUACAGUGGAAACUCUUCGGAUGCCUUGUACUCGGCUGGUUUAUAAUAUAUCUAAUAAUCCGUAAGGGUUUACAUCAAAGCGGGAAGAUCAUUUGGUUUACGGCACUUUGCCCAUAUGUAAUCUUGAUGACUUUAUUAGUUCGUGCGGUAACACUAGAUGGGGCUGCGGAUGGAUUGCUUUACUACAUCACCCCUCGAUGGAGCGAGCUUCUUGCACCAGCCCCUUGGAUGGAGGGUGCGACGCAAAUUUUUUUCGCGUACAGCAUCGGCUGCGGCGCACUGCCUGCCCUAGGCUCGUACAACAAGUUCAACCACAACUGUUACAAGGACGCCGUGAUCACCUGCAUUGUAAACACGCUCACGUCAAUACUGGCCGGAUGCGUCACAUUCUCGGUAUUGGGACACAUGGCCUUAGAAAAAGGUAGCGACAUUAGUAACGUUGUCCAAAGCGGACCAGGUCUCGUUUUUAUAACGUAUCCUGAAAUCGUACUCAAAUUACCAGGCGCUCCGUUUUGGGCGGCCGCCUUUUUCUUCAUGCUGUUGCUUUUAGGCGUCGACAGCGCGUUUUGCCUGGUGGAAUCUUUCGUAACUGGAGUCGUCGAUAACUGGCCCAAAAUUUUACGCCCUCACAGAGGAAAAUUGACGAUUUGUAUUUGUUUUGUGAUGUUUUUGUUGGGAAUUCCAAUGGUCACUCACGGAGGAGUGUAUAUUUUCCAAUUAAUGGAUUACUAUUCAGCGAGUGGGAUGUCUUUGUUAUGGGUAUGCUUCUUUCAAACAAUCGCAAUCUCUUGGGUAUUCGGAACGGAGAAGCUCUGCGACUGCAUUAAGGAAAUGAUCGGGAUGACGACGAACCGAUUUUUAGUAAUAUGCUGGAAAUUUUGCGGUCCCUUAGUUAUACUGAUAAUUUUCUUGGCGCACUGUAUUAAUUAUGAAAGUUUAACGUAUGGUAAAUACUACACUUAUCCGACUUGGGCGGAGUAUGUUGGUUUUCUUAUUAGCUUUUCGUCGAUGGUAUGGGUACCGGCUUACGCUAUUUAUUACGUUUUAACCGGAAAAGGUAGCGUCUUAGAGAAUUUGCGAUUGGGGUUGAAACCGAAAUUUAUACGCCGCAUGCCUAGCAAAACCGAUGAUAACUUCGCAUCUAUAGAGCAAUUCAUCUAAUUAGGUCAUUUAGAUUAAAACAAAUUACUUAGAUAUGUAUGAAACUAAUCGAUAUUAGCGCCAUUUUAUACAAUUUGAGAAAAAAGAA